CCCCCUUUUUCUUUCUAAAUUUUUCAUCUUUUGCAACAUUUUCCAUCAAUCCCUAAAUUAUCAAACAAGGUAAGAAUGUGAGUGACUGAAAGUAUCUGCAACAAGGGCAUUCUCUCAAUCUCUCUCCUACUCCUCCUCCCCUCACCUCCAUGGCCAAAGCCAUCGCAAGGUCUCCAUCACAGCCGCAACCCAGCCUCCCCAAUCUUCUUCAUGUCCCUUUGCCAAAACCCUCCAAACCCUAACAGAAAAGUUACCCCAAAAUUUUCCCCAUUUAAAUUAUUGCAACUCUCAUUAUAAUAAUCCUGGUUAAUUAUAUAAACCCACCUCACAUUUCCCCAAUUUUGCAGUUGCCUAAGUUUGUUGGUGUUGUUGUUUUACUGGGUGGGGGGCAUUGAAGAAGCAAAGAAGAGAGGAAGAGGAAGAGGCAUAAAGACACCAACAAAUACCAUUUGCCUCUCUUCCCCUCAUUGAUUGUCUCUUCAAGGAUGCCUCCUACCACCUGCAUUCUCUUAAUAUGCCUCUUGAGCUCUCUCUCGUCCCUCACCUUAGCUUCCCUAAACCUCAACCUCACCCUCCCCCAUCAACACGUCAAUCCUGAAGCUGUGGCUCAAGAAGUACAAAGGAGAGUCAAUGCCUCCCUCUCCCGCCGCGAAAUGUUGUCCCUCCAUGACCAGCAAUGCGCCACGGGCAACCCCAUCGACGACUGCUGGCGCUGCUCCUCCACCAACUGGGCCGACAACCGCCAGCAGCUCGCCGACUGCGGCAUCGGCUUCGGCGCAGACGCAAUGGGCGGCAAAGGCGGCCAGAUCUACAUCGUCACCGACUCCUCCGACCGCAACGCGGCCAACCCAACACCCGGCACUCUCCGCCACGCCGUCAUCCAAACCGAACCCCUCUGGAUCACCUUCUCCUCCGACAUGACAAUCAAACUCAAAGCCGAGCUCAUCGUCAACUCCUUCAAGACCAUCGACGGCCGCGGCCACUCCGUCCACGUCACCGGCGGAGGCUGCAUCACCCUCCAGUACGUCUCCAACGUCAUCAUCCACAACAUCCACGUCCACCACUGCAAGCCCGCCGGCAACACCAACGUCGCCUCCUCCCCGACCCACGUCGGCUGGCGCGGCAAGUCCGACGGCGACGGAAUCUCCUUAUUCGGCGCGCGUAAAGUCUGGAUCGACCACUGCUCCUUGUCCUACUGCGCCGACGGACUCAUCGACGCCAUAAUGGGGUCCACCGGGAUCACGAUUUCCAACAACUAUUUUGCGCACCACGACGAGGUGAUGCUGUUGGGUCACGACGAUAAGUACUUGCCGGACUCCGGGAUGCAGGUGACGAUUGCGUUCAAUCAUUUCGGGGAGGCGCUGGUGCAGCGUAUGCCGAGGUGUAGGCGAGGGUAUAUACAUGUGGUGAAUAAUGACUUCACGCAGUGGGAGAUGUAUGCGAUUGGGGGGAGUGCGAAUCCGACGAUUAAUAGUCAGGGGAAUCGGUACACUGCUCCGAUAAACCAGAACGCCAAGGAGGUGACAAAGCGCGUGGACACGAACGAAGGGGAUUGGGACAACUGGAACUGGAGGACGGAGGGGGACAUAAUGGUAAAUGGAGCCUUCUUCGUGCCAUCCGGUGCGGGCAUGAGCACCCAGUACGCUAAGGCCUCAAGCAUUGAACCCAAGUCGGUGGGUCUCAUUGACCGCCUCACCGUCACCGCCGGUGUCUUCGGCGACCCAAGGGACAGUAGUAGGAGCGAAUCAUACAACAGCGGCAGCGGGACCAUAACUGAUGGCACCACAAACACCGGCAGUGGAGGGUACAGCGGCGGUGAUGGCGACUAUUUUGGAAUGAUAUUUGGUAGCAGUGCUCAACCAUCAUCAUCUUCACACCCCAUCUUGUUGUCUCUUCUAAUUAUCUUAAUUUUGUAUGUUACCACCAACCAUGGUGGUCUAUUAUCAUUACCAUUAUUCUUAACAUUAUUAUUAUAACACUCGAUUCAAAGGAAAUAUCAU